AGGGUUAAAUGAAAUCCAACUCUCCUUUUCCUGUGCUGUAAAGAAUUAGUAAUCAAACAGAAGCUGAAGGCAAGACAGAGUGUCAGAGCCACUGACGGAGCUCCACUCCGAGAGAAGUUCUGGACUUGGUCUCACCCUCCAGAAGCGGCAUCAGUGAGCACUUUGCCCUCACUGACAAGCAGAUCCCGGCAUCAGGACACAAUGGUAUUCUUAAUCCUACUGGUUACACUGGCAGUGAUGUCACCAUCUACAUUGGCGGCUCGAAAAGCAAAGAGGCAAAAUGACUUCUGGGGAAUUUGGGGAGAAUGGGGUGAAUGCAGCCGAAGCUGUGGUGGAGGCAUCAGUCUUCGGCACAGGCACUGCUACUCACGGAGGACAGAUGGUGGAUCCAGUUGUAUAGGACCAGCCCAAAGUUAUCGCUCAUGCAACAUUCAGGAUUGUCCUGAGGGCUCCAGAGAUUUUCGAGCGGAACAGUGUGCCGAGUUUGAUGGAACAGAAUUUCAAGGGAAGAAGUACAAGUGGCUCCCUUACUACGGAGCUCCCAAUAAAUGUGAAUUAAACUGCAUCCCAAAAGGAGAAAAUUUCUACUACAGACAGAAAGAUGCAGUCAUUGAUGGAACUUCUUGUGAACCAGGAACAAACGAUAUUUGUGUGCAAGGGACCUGUCACGCUGUUGGCUGUGAUAAAAUGCUGGAUUCUUCCCAAAAAGAAGACAAAUGCCUGCAGUGCGGUGGGAAUGGAAGAGCUUGUUUUGAAGUCAAGGGACUCUUUGAUGUGCCCAAUCUCCCUAAAGGCUACAACCAAAUCUUUGUCAUUCCGAUGGGAGCCACAAGCAUCCGGAUUAAGGAAGCAAACCCUACCAGGAACUUCCUGGCCAUCAAGAAUGUACAAGGAACAUAUUAUCUGAAUGGGCAGUGGACAAUUGAGUAUAGCCAGGCCUUGCCUAUUGCUAGCACAGUGAUGCAUUAUGAGAGAGGUUCCGAGGGGGAUCUGGCUCCAGAGCUUCUACAUGCCCGGGGUCCCAUCACCGAACCUUUGAUAAUUGAGCUUAUCAGCCAGGAACCAAACCAAGGAGUACAUUAUGAAUACUAUUUGCCAUUCCAAAGGCAAACAUCAAGCUACAACUGGGGCUACGGCUCCUGGAGUGAUUGUAGUGCUGAAUGUGGUGGAGGUUAUCAGUCUCGUCUGGUCUUUUGUACCAUUGACAAUGAAGCAUAUCCAGAUUACAUGUGCAGAGAUAAACCAUGGCCAGGAAAUAACCGAACCUGUGGCCUCCAGGCCUGUCCCCACACAAAACGGGUAUCUUACCUCUAUCUGCCGGGAGCAUGGAGCCGCAACAGAGCAUGGAACUUGCAAACAAAGAGCUGGAAAACUGGUGACUGGAGCCAGUGCUCUGCCACCUGCGGAGGGGGCAUUCAAAGCCGUUCAGUUUACUGUGCCACGUACAAUGGACAUAAUUUUCAGGAUGCUGUGGAUGAUACCGAAUGCGCCUCCUUAACAGAGAAACCACGCAGUACGCAGCCUUGCAACCUGCAGCGGUGUGCCACAUGGGUUACAAGUCUUUGGUCUGAGUGUUCAGUAAGCUGUGGUGAAGGUAUUCAAACCCGGACUGUAAGCUGCCAGUCUGAACAGGGCCCUCAGAUUCUAGAUGCUGCUUGCUCAAGAGAACGAAAACCUCCGCACACCCAGCCCUGCAUCGGGGAGAAUUGUAUACAAGAGGUUGGCUGGCAUAUUGGAGACUGGGGACUGUGCUCCAAAAGCUGUGGUUCUGGUAUCCGAACCCGCCAAGUCAUCUGUGCUGAUGGUGAUUCCAAAUUCUACAGUCAUGAGAUUUGCCAAGAGAUACAGCCACAGAUACCAACCAUGCUUGGGAGCUGCAAUACACAACCUUGUCAUCUGCCUCAACAGGUUCCCAGUAUGCAAGACAUCACAGGGUUCAAUACCAGCCGUCGGACAUUAUUGACCCGCUACCAUCCUGACCAAGGCACUGAAGUUUCUAGACAUGAAAGAAUAAUCCAAGCUGGCUCUACUCAUCGCCAGGUCCAGCCAAAUGAGAGUCCUCGCUCCAAUUUCUUACCUCUUGGAGGGGAUUCUUACUCAGACUCUUCUGUGUCCCGUCGGUCCCAUUCUUAUCCAAAUGGUGACGGUAAUGAUCAAGACUGCAACCAUACUCCUCAUGGCUGUUGUUCAGAUGGUCGCACUGCUGCAGCAGGUCCCUUUGGCCAAGGUUGCCCACUUGAUUCUUGCCAUCUGAGCAGAUAUGGAUGCUGCCCUGAUGGAGUAUCACGUUCCCAUGGACCUAAUCAAGAAGGGUGCACACAAUACUACAGUGAUGUUUACAUAAGCAGAAAUCUUGUUACUCCCACUCCAACAGCAAGCCAAGUUCUGGCCCAGCAGGUGCCAACAGAGGAAUGCCGAGGUUCUAUGUAUGGUUGUUGCUAUGACAACAUUGCCUCUGCUUUAGGGCCUCAAGGGGAAGGAUGUCCCACAAGACUCAGCCAAUCUUAUCCUGUCCAGUGUCUGUUACCCAGUGCCCAUGGUUCCUGCACAGAUUGGACAAUACGUUGGUAUUUUGUAAGCGAUGUUGGAAAAUGCAAUCGAUUUUGGUACGGAAGUUGUCAUGGGAAUAAGAACAACUUUGCUACUGAAGAAGAAUGCAUGAAAACCUGCCACGGAUCAAUGGGAAGAAGCUAUGGGAGUAUUCACCAUCAUGUCGCAAGUCCUAACAUCCAUUCUAGUUCUCAACUGCAAGAAGGGAAUACAGAGGUAAAACCACAACAAUUUGGAAGAACUAUAAGUCACAGAACAGGAAAUGAAGGUCAUAGUGAUAGGACUUCCUCCAAUCAAGAUGCCUUACCUGAAUCUGAACAAGGAACUAGCUUGCUAGGAAACCAGCCAGAAAGUUCUCAUCACUCAAGUACUCUUGAUGAAAUUAAAAGGGGCACAGAAGACCAUAUGCGUGGUUUGAGUGAGACUGUGAUUUCCAGACAGUCAGAGAAGCAGCUGACUGUGAAUGGCCAGACCACACAACGUGAAGAGUGGAGGAGGGAAUCUGGAACAGAUGGGCUAACACAGAGAAGAUUUGGGUAUCAAAUCCCACAAGGUUCUACUUUUCAAUAUUCUCUGAACAGAAUCUUUUUGGAUGGAUCAGAGUCUUCUGCGGUGGAGGCAGGCCUAGGACAAAGCAUUCGUCUUCUCUGUAAGACAGACAAUUCACACUUAUCUAGAGUUGAGUGGCAGAAAGAUGGACAGCCGAUCUCAUCUGAUAGGCAUACCUACCAGUCUGACAGCUCCCUGGUGAUUAGCCAUCUCAGGACUGAGGAUGCGGGGAUCUACACCUGCAUAAUUUCAAACGGGAGAGCGGAACGCAGACAGAUUGAGCUGCUGAUCAAAGAAAUCCCUCAAUCUACGCUCACCCAGGGAAGACGGCAUCAACUUACUCAUGAUCAAAAUCCCCAGCACAGAAUCUUUGGCACAGGAACUAAUGAUGGGCGGUCACAUGUUUCUUCUCUACAUCCUCAAAUAACAUAUAGGUUAAAAAUGUAUAAGAAUGAGCCUUCGAUAGUUGAUGCUAGCAUUGGUGAACAAGUCCGACUGCCUUGUCGCGUAGACGCUUCCCCCUCUUUAACCAUUGAAUGGCAGAAGGAUGGUCGUCCUAUUUCAUCUGCCAGGCAUAGGCAGCAACCUGAUGGUGCCCUGCUAAUCAGUCAUCUGACAUCUGAAGAUGCCGGCUUCUUUACAUGCAUUGCUUCUAAUGGCCGGGACCAAGAUCAGAAAAAAGUUCAAAUUAGACCUAGAGGAGACCUGAGAAUUAUUGACUUGCUGCCCAGGCUUUCUGUGUCUGAAGGGGAGAAUGCUCAUCUUCAUUGUGUUGUGACAGGCAACAAUGUAAACAUAAGAUGGUCAAGAAAUGGGGUUCCAGUAAGAUCAGAUGGUCAUCGUAUCCAUGUGUCUCAAGAUGGAAGCUUGUUUCUAAACAAUGUUCAGCUUGGUGAUGAGGGCUCCUAUACGUGUAAUGCUUACAGUAGCAAUAAUUCGGUCAGUGCCAGUACAGAUGUGAAAGUCAUCAAAAGACGGUCAGAAGUGCCAGCAUCCCUCCCUGUGGACACAAGCAGGGAAUGUGUUGAUCAGCCACACCUUGCUAACUGCGAUCUGAUUCUACAGGCUCAGCUCUGCAACAACGAGUAUUACUCCAGCUUCUGCUGUGCCAGCUGUUCUCGACGCUAUGGCUGAGUCACAGGCUGGCUACCUUUCUUGCAAGCCUACUCCAGAAGCACUCAUCUCCAAUCAUACAUACACACGGGUAGUCAGUACAGCUAAUGUGAGAACAAGAAGAAUAGUUGGCAGAAAUGGUAUCUCCACCUUCCUAAGCUGUAUUUUGUUUUGCAAGAGAAACACCAAUCCUCUAACAGCAGGCUGACCUUUUCAUUUAAGGAAAUGAAGAAUUGUUCCACUAGCAAAGCGUAACAAUACAGACAAGAAUUCAAAGUUAACUGGGAAAGUUGCUUCAAGAUAAAUCAAGGAUAGGAGACACAUUUUAAAUCAAACAUAAAAGCUAAAUUAGUGCCAGAACCCACUAAAAAAAACUGCUGAUUGCAUUUUUUGUGGAAAUUUAGCAUACUGACCUAGAAACUUGUUUCCUGCAGUUAUAUUAAAUGUCCCUGCAGUUCAGAUAUAAACAGUUACAAGCAGACAAUUGUUUUUUCAGCAGAUAGAGGAAACUACUCUUGUUGAGUUAACUAGCAGCAGUGAGUAUCACUUAAUAUUUGUUGGAAAUAUGUAGAACACAGAAGCAUCAAAAGAGGAAAAUGCAUGGCGACGUGGCAAGGUUUUGUACUUCAAAUACUCUUAAAGCAGGAAGGCUGUAUUUCUUGAAGUAAGUUCAUUAAACAGUGAUCCUCUCUUCCAAUUAAACAUGUAUACAAUUGCAUUAAGGCCUUUGAAAAAGGAAACGAAUUCUGUUUUAUCUCUUCUGCAUAAACAAAUACCAGAAGGCUGUGCAAUUUGAGAAGUGUUUUUUGUUUCUAGAAUCUCACAACUACUGCAGCCACGCAAUCUCCAGAGAUACCACUGCAUUAAUGAGUCAUAGACAAGUACUGAAUUUGCACUCCUGUAUGUUUCAAAGCACUGUGCAGCCAGCCCCACUAAUGUACACAGCAUCACAACAGAAUUGCUUGUUGAUGCCUCAGAAUUAUGGAAAGGUAUGCUUUGCCUCUUUCAUUAUCCCAUCCUAUGUGCCAAAUUAUUUAAUACAAGGAUGACCAUGGGCACUAUAGAAGUUCAAACUGCAGUAUCUAUGCAUUCUCAAUGGCUGACUAGAAUUAUAUUUUACAGUGCAAGACUAGACCCAUCCCAAAUCUGUAUGUGUUAAUUAUAAGGUUGUCAAUUAUUCACAACCUUAAAGUGUCUCAAAGAUUGUGAAUACCAUAAACUAGUAUAAUUUCCUUUAAGCCAACAUUCCUGGCACAUCUGCAGUUUUUUCCUCACAUGAUUCCUGCUAUAGCUUUCGGUCCACUAUUAUGGACUCAAUUAACCUGAAACCUUCUCAGAUUUUAAGUAGCUCAAGAUCUCAUUUCUUUUAGAAACAAAGUAUAUCUGUAAUACCAUACUUUUUAAUUUGCUUGAUGGAAAAACAAAUAUGAGAAUCUGCCAUAUCUAUGAUGUUUAUACUAAGAUAUGCCAAUCAGAAUACAUGAAUGUUCUGAUAUCUGAAGGCAAAUAUGAUUUAUAGUUGGGCUACUCUAUUAUAGGUUUGAUACAUGAAUAGCUAUAACCAAAUAAUGAAAAACAAAUUCUCCCAAACAAAUCUAUUUUUUAAUUAUCUGAUUGUACAAUGGGACUAUCUUCACUGAAAAUGAGAAACAUUUAUCAAUGGCUCCUGUAAAAAAUGAACAAACCAGUAUUUACAGCACAUUAUGCAGAAUGUUUAGUAACGGGAACAAGGCAAUCUUCUGCCUAUUACCUGCGGCUCAGAACUGCAGGGUGCCGUAUGAACUAGGUAACAAGAUUUCAGCUUCUUCAAUAAAGAUGCAAAUUAAUUCAGUGUUAGUACAAUUUAACUGUAGCACAGACAUGUAGACAAACUGAGAGAACAAAACAUGUUUGUAUUUUCUUGCAUUCAGAACUGAUUUGUCAUGGAAGGUACAAAUAUUAUCUUACAAAAGCCAGAGAGAAGGCAUGUGGUAUUUUUUUACACAUGCAAAUCAUUCCCCAACUAUCAUUUAUAAUCAUAAGCACAAGUUUUCCUCGGGGAGUGCCAUUCAUCAAAAACAUUAAUCCAUUGAGUCUAUCUCCCCUUUAAUGGAUUGAGAAGGUAACCUUGCAACAGGCAACCAACUUAAAAUCAACUAAUCAAGGAUAGAAUCAACCUAGAAAUAAGGAGAAAUUUCCUGACAGUUAGAACAAUUAAUCAGUGGAACAAUUUGCCUCGAGAAGCUGUGGAUGCUCCAACACUGGAAGUUUUAAAAAAGAGAUUGGACAACCAUUUGUCUGAAAUGGUAAAAGGUUUCCUGCCUGAGCAGGGGGUUGGACUAGGAGACCUCUAAAUACCUCCCAACUCUUAAUCUGUUACAAACGCAUUUCAUCACCUUGAGGGCCAGUUUUUCAGAAUAGAAAAUUUGAAAAUCAAAGCAGGUAUGUUUUGAUGCUUUUAAUGAUGGUAUCUUACAGGUUUUAAUGGUGAAACUCGGUAUGAUGGUAUGAUUAGAACCACCUUUGGCCAUGGAAAUUCAUUGGAUAAAUUGGGCCAGGUACUUUUUCCCAACCCAGCCUCUAACAUGGAGAGGGGAGAGGAAAGUGAAAAUAAAAUGAAGAGAUCCCCUUUAAAGUGCACUGAGCUUUUAAAAGAAAGGUAGGAUAUAAAAUCUGAACUGGAAUAAGGUAGUCUUAUUUCCCUGUUGCUUCCAAGAAAUCAGGCUUUAAGGCAGGGGUCUUCAGACUUGGCCCUUUUAUGACUUGUGGACUUCAACUCCCAGAAUUCCCCAGUCAGCAUGCCUGGCUAAGGAAUUCUGGGAGUUGAAGUCCACAAGUCACAAAAGGGCCAAGUUUGAAGACCCCUGCUUUAAGGCAUAUUAUUUAUGAUCCAGGUCAUCAACAGAUAAUAUCAAUAACAACUAAAAGUCUUAUUUUCCAUGAAUCUGUCAAUCCCCCUUUAAACCAUUCUAACUGGUGACUUUUACCCCAGCCGCUGACAAUAAAAUCCAGUUUAACUAUAUGCUGUGUGAAAAAGUUCUGAGUAUCCCUAUAUUUUGUAUAUAUUGAAUGAUCUGAAGCAAGGGAAAAUAUUUCUCCACAAUAUCCACACCAUGAAUUAUAUUAAUCUUUAUUAAAUCUUGCCUUCAUUCAAGCAAAA